AGAGAGUCAAAAUGGGAAAACAUUUUGAGUUGGUCAAGCCUUUUAAUAUGGUAUUUACAUUAGUAUAAAUUGUCUAUUCAUGAUAGUGGACAAAACAGAGUCUGAGAAAAGGGGUUUUACUUGACAAAUCAAAUCAAUAGUCCAUUGAAAGAGUUCAUCUUCUAUGGUCAACAUGCUUAUCCUCAUCAAACAUUAAAACUGUAAAACCUUGAAAUUGUAUCUGAUUGAUUGUUGAAAAUCACGAACAUUGAAAAUCUAUGGCAAAACCCAAAUAGAACCUCGAAACUUGAUCAAAAGCAAUUCACUGAGCUUAACCAUUAUUAGCCAUUAUAAUCAGCCAUUAUUAAUAACCAUUAUUGUUGUAUAUUUGGUAAGAGGAAACCGUUAAUAUGUUAACAGUAACUUCAAUUGCCUAAAGCUAUUAACGGUCAACAGAGCAUUAAAUUGAGAAGCCAAAGCUUGUGAUUACUUUUUUCUGGUCAAUUCAAGACCUUAAAGGUUCUUUCCUAUUUGUUCAUGUAAACAAUCCACAUGACAUUUAAUUGAAAAUAAUAAUAAAUAACGAUUAAGUCUAUUUUCAGAUUCAGUGUUUUACUUCAUUACAUCUUUUGCCCUCAACCAGGUCAAUGUAAAUCAAGUUAACCAAUUGAUUUAAAAUUAAAAAACUAAAAACUCGACCAUCAAUACUUGUUUGGGUUACAUUUUGUUUCAGGUUAAUCGGGUUUUGAUACAAUUUAACCCAAUUUUUAGUCCUUUCAUUUUUGAAGGGCAUUUUUGAUCCAUUUGAAGCCAGUUUAAGACCAACUUUAAAUUUGAAAAGUCGACUUUUCCAUUGCUUUCUCAGAUUUCCAGUCAAUCAAAUUCAAAUCGUUGAAAUUUAAAUUGUGCAUCAAUCAUGGUUUGCCUAGUAGAUAGAGUUUACUUGUUAAUUUCAUUUGUGAUCAUCUUCCUCUGUUUACCUUCAAUUGAAUUGAUUAACGCAAGUUCAUACAAAUUAUCUCUCCCCAAUGGAAUGCAUGCAAAUCUUAAAUUACCAACAUUUUAUUCAAGUUAUUUACCUAAACCAAUUCCGUAUACAAUUAAAUUACCCCAUUCAAUUGCAAAGGAUAUUUUCCCUAAUUAUGCAAUUAGAAUUGCUUCAUUUGGUAAACCUCAUUUUCCAGUAUUUCGCAUUGGUACCAGUGAAUAUACAGAUGCUCAGCGUUUAGGCGUUUUGCCCAAUUCUUAUCCUCGUGAAGAACCAGGAGCUGUUCAAUUGAAAUCAUUUCACCCAAUAUUUCCAAACUCAUACAGAUACACCAAGGUACAUUAUCCUGGAGCCUUUGAUUUAGCGUGAACAAAAGGAGGCUAAAAUUAUCACAUUUCAAAUGGAAACUAAAGAAACUUCAUCUUCGUCUUGUCUCACUUUUUACUAUCAUUCCCAGCAACCAAUCAAUUCUCACUUUUCCUUUGUUUAUCUUCAAACUUGCUCUUCUUUUCAUCACUUUUUUACACCAAAAUCAUUCCAGUUAAUGGAUUCUUUUUCAUCAUCAUUAUCAUCCCAUUAUUACCAACAAUGUUCCAGCAAAAUGAACAAACAAAGAAAGACAGAAAACAUGAAACAACAAAUUGAUACUCUAUUUGGUUGCAGGAUUAUUCAAGUUGAUUCAAGAGUCAAAAUGCAGGUCAAUCAAGAUGAACUUUUGGCUGAAAAUAAUUUUCCAAUUUUCCUGCCAAUUUGAUGGUCUUUCAAUCAAAUUGCCUUUGUAAACUCGAACUCGCCCAACGUCAUAACAAAACUCGUCAUUUGAU